AUGAGCUUAGCUCAGAAAGCGUCGCUGAUGAGGUCACCGAAAGCGCGCAUUCGAGGCACAGGGCAGCGGCGCUUGCUCGCACGGGUGGCGGGCAUCUUGACUGGGGUACUGACACUUGUUCUGCUACUCUACUUUGAUACAAGUAGGUCUGACGUGGCGGGAGAAAGUAAAUCCAGUUCGAGGAAAAGGGGGCUUCUGGAAAAAGGCGAGCUUCGUGUUACUUUGGCUGGGGGUGGGCAAAGUCAAACAGGUGGGAUUUCUGCGGAGGGGGCAGUGGGCAGUGAUUUGGAAGCGGGCGAGCGGGGUUUGCGCACUACUUUUCUGGGGGAUUCGAGCAAUGACGUCGCUCAGGAUGUCAGCAGCGUUGAUAGAGGUGGUGGUAGUGGAAGGAGCGACUUGCGUGAUGGAAAGGUCUCCUCGUCAAGCAUCAGCUGGAGCAAAGGUGGUGGACAGAGAAGCCGUACUCUAGAAGAAGGCAAAGAACACUUACAUAGUGAUUUUGAGUUGGCGAACGGGCAAGAUAAGUCAGCCCCCAGUCUAGAGUCGGUAGAUACAACCAAACCCUCCAUAGUUAAGGACAUAACCAGCCCAGGUCACGAUAAUGCCCAAGCGCUUCACGGGGCACGGGGCGAGUCAAACAUCACCAAUUUAAACGUAGAACACCUUUUAAACGCUGACGCACAUCUAACCGCAAACGUAGAUGCCGCAGCCCCUAGCAACGCGCCAUCAAAUCCAUCCAGCCGAAUCGAACGCAUUCGCACUUUCGAGCCUUUCCGCACCGAGUUGAGAGUUUACAUGUACGACCUACCCGCAAAGUUCAACUGGGGCCUCCUGAAGCGGGCCGUCGAGCUGGGUGUGAAUGCGUCUGAGCCGUUCAGUGUGAACGGGCCCCCAUUUCCAGACUAUCAGGGGGGGCUGAGUCACCAGCACAGCCCUGAGUAUUGGCUGACGAUCGACUUGCUCACGGACCCGGCAGCCAAGGAAGCUGGGAGUUCUGUAGUGCGCCGCGUCACCAACCCGUCAGAAGCGGACGUCUUCUUUGUUCCGUACUGGGCGAGUCUUGCGUACAACGUGUACAUACCAACGCGAGGCGAGUACGCGCAAGAGUUAGAGCUACAGCAAGAGUUGGUGGACUGGCUGCUGUCGCAAGAGCUGUGGAAGCGGUCGGGGGGCCGGGACCACCUGCUCGUACUACACCAUCCAAACGCCAUGGCGGCCCUCCGAAGCAGGCUGUCGGCGGCGAUGUGGGUGCUCGCGGACUUUGCACGGUACCCCCCCGAGGAGGCGAACCUGGCGAAGGACGUCAUCGCGCCGUACGCGCACAUGGCGCCGCGCUACGAGGAUGACGUGGACGAGGAGCGCGCGUGGGGCGCGCGCACGACGCUGCUCUUCUUCCAAGGCAGCCUUUACAGGAAGCGAGACGGCCUGGUGCGCGAGCUGCUCCUGAACGUGCUCAAGAAUGAGCCUGACGUCAUCGUCCGGGAGGGCAGCACGGACGCGGACGGCGUCCGGGAGGCGUCCGAGGGCAUGCGCAGCGCGCGGUUCUGCCUGCACCCCGCCGGCGACACCCCUUCUUCCAACCGGCUCUUCGACGCGAUCUUCAGCCACUGCGUCCCGGUGAUCGUUAGUGACGCCAUCGAGCUGCCAUUUGAAGGCGACCUCGACUACCGCGGCUUCGCCAUCUUCGUCGCCUCGCGGAACGCGGUGACGCCCGGGGUUCUGACGGAGUUCCUGCGGAGUAUCCCGCGGCGCAUGUGGGCGCGCAUGUGGGCGCGGCUGCACGAGGUCGCACCAUUCUUUGAGUACGACAACCCGGCCAGUCCGGCUGGGGCGGUCAACCGGAUCUGGAAAGAGGUGGCGCUCAGGCUGCCGUCCCGUCGGUUGGAGAUUCACCGGGCGCUUCGGCGGGUGCACCAGACGGACUUAGAGGGGCUGAGGAUGAUGGAGCGGCGGCUUCAGCGGAUGGAUCCGUCCUUUGUGAAGAUACAGCGGAAGCGGCUCCCGGCGGAAAGUCCCAGCGGAACCUAG